AUGAAGAUUAACCAGAACACUGUGCUGCAAGGACAGAGGGUGACCCUGGUGCCAUACACUUCUGCACACGUGCCCCGGUACCAUGAGUGGAUGCAGUCAGAGGAGCUGCAGCACCUGACCGCCUCUGAACCACUCAGCCUGGAGCAGGAGUAUGAGAUGCAGCGCAGCUGGCGGGAUGACGCAGACAAGUGCACAUUCAUUGUGCUGGACACGGAGCGAUGGUCUGGGCAGGCGUGUGCGGAUGAGGACUGCAUGGUGGGGGAUGUGAAUCUCUUCCUCACUGACACUGAGGAUCCGACAUUGGGCGAGAUUGAAAUUAUGAUUGCAGAGCCCAGAUACCGAGGCAGAGGGUUUGGCAAGGAGGCAACUCUGAUGAUGAUGUCCUAUGGAGUGAGAAACCUGGGGAUCACCAAAUUUGAGGCUAAGAUUGGUCAGGAUAAUGAAGCCAGUAUCUGCAUGUUCAAAAAGCUUCAUUUUAAGGAGGUUGCUGUGAACAGCGUUUUCCAAGAGGUGACGCUGAGGCUGGAUGUCAGUGACCAGGAGAGACGAUGGCUCCUGGAACAGACAAACCACGUGGAGGAGAAGAGCUACGUUGAACUGAAGCUGCCAGCUGGGAUGCUGGAGACCUGA